AUGGAAGCAAAACUGAAACCGUCCAAAACCCACCAUGGCCCUCAAACUUGGAAACGCAUUUCCUUCCCUCCCAUGUUUCGCGGAGCAAGAAUCCUCAUCUACUCACUGCAUAAAAAGGAUGAUGAUGACCAAGAAGCCGAGUUUGAGAUGUUCAGGGAACACUCAGGGAGUGGGUUACAAGAGAUGAAGCAGAUCCAUUUGAAUACCAUGAUUCGUAUUGGAGGCGUUGUGACCCGACGCUCCGGGGUCUUUCCCCAAUUGCAAGAAGUAAAGUACGAUUGCAAUAAAUGUGGGGCAAUUUUGGGGCCAUUCCUUCAGAAAUCUUAUUCAGAAGUUAAAGUUGGUUCUUGCCCUGAAUGCCAAUCAAAAGGACCAUUCAGAGUCAAUAUUGAGCAGCUUGCUCUAGUUGACACCCCGAACUAUCACAUCUUCCGUCUCGUUACCCUCUCUAAUCUGUAUAAGGCAGCAGUUCCUUUCAGUUUUUUUAUGCUCUCAUCUUCUUCUUCUUCACUUAUUGAGGUCCAGUCAUUAGUUCAAGAACCCGAAAUUCAGAAUUGCUUCAAUGACUCCGGUUCCAUGCUUUCUAUUUAA